AUUCGUGGUGUACAAGCGCAUUUGUCGUGUUCUGAUAUGCGUCGGCGAUAUCGAGGGAUGUAUAUAGCAGAAUUGUUGACUAAAUCGUUGUCACUUGGUGAAUUGACUUUUGAGUAUCCCGAGGAAGCACCAUUCUACAUAAAAGAUUUAAAAGAAAUUGUUGAUGGAAGAGCGGGAAGAAAUGAAGCAAAAGUUGAUCUUGAAAAUCCAGACGACGAAGUUUGUAGGCAAGAUUAUGUCAGCACCGAUGAUAUCAGCGUGGCAGAAACGGGCGAUGUAAUCGAUAGUGACGAUGAGGAUUUCCCUGCUUAUGAGAUCCCGGAAUCUGAAAGAAAUCUGAAAAGGGAAGAUGGUGACGAAGGGCAAAAGCCUGUGCAAUCUCCCCAUUAUAUUAGGGACUGUCUUGAGGACUUGAAUGAACAAGAAAGCUAUGCUAAAUUUGAGGCGGCUUUUGGGGUCUUGAAUUCUCUAAUACGCAGUCGAGCUCUUGCUUACGACGAGAUUGCGCCUGUUCUUGUUAAAAGACUUAUAUUUUUGACAGACCGUUAUCGAACAGAGAAUUUCCAGGAGCGACGUCUAGAAAUGGUUGUUUCUUGCCUUGUAAUGAGUCCCCAGCUAGUGUCUGUUGCGGCUGAUAUCAUGUUUUCUAGAAGUUGUUCUAUGUUCGGCCGUUAUUUGAUAUUAGAGGCUAUAACAAAAGCUGCUGCAGAAAUUUCUAACAGUGGAGACAAGAGUCAUUUUGAUGUAACUUUGACUAGCAAUGAAAAAAGUUCACCUGAGCCAAAGUUUUGGCAAAAAAUAAUCGAGGAGCGGGUUGCAGCGAAGACAAAAUACAACGCGAAAAACUCGAAACCACAGAAGUUGAGGAAAAAUAAUUUUUGCGAUUUAGCUUCCUCCUUUUUUUAUCCGUUGGCAGCUAUCGAACAGUAUCGUGAACAUCUGGAUUUGCUGAACAGAGAUUAUAAUUUGCUAGCAAAAAUCCUUUUCGUGCUCGCCAAUAUUGUAUGCUGUGCCGGAAAUUGCGCUCCAAGUCUUCGAAUGUCAAAGACUUUGAACGACUAUGCUUUUCCAUUACAACGACACAAGGAAGCUGUGGUGCGUCAGGCAGUGCUGUACUGCUAUUGCAGCAUAUGUACCACUUUGUCAGCCCCAGUUCUCGUUCAGUUUUUCUCGGCCUCAGAGCUUUACGGGACGAAAAAUGCCAUGUGUAUAUUAAAGAUACAAAACUCAGUACUGAAAAUCUCUGCGAAAAUUAAAAUAGAUGCACUAGUUGGUUGGUUCCACUACGCAAGGAACACUGGUGAGACAGAUCCUUCAGUUUCAUGUCGUGAAAUGGCUAAAUGCGCUUCCAGUAUCGUAGCGGAUAAAAUCAGCGAGACUGAGUUUUCUCAACUAUGA